GUUGGCAAAGAAUUCACAUCUCGUGUGGAUUUAGACCGUUCAUCCUGGCGUGCACCAGACUUCUUCCCUGCUUCGUGCGCACUUUUACCAGCCUGUGUUAGCCAUCGUGAUGCUGUUGUAAAUGCUUUUGUAUAUGUCCACCAGACCCUGCACAAGGCCAACGCCAGGUUGGCGAAACGUGGAGGACGUACUGCUGCCAUCACACCUAGGCAUUAUUUGGACUUUAUCCAUCAUUUCGUAAAACUGUACUCUGAGAAGAGAAGCGACUUGGAGGAACAGCAGUUGCAUUUGAACGUUGGUCUGAAUAAAAUUGCAGAAACUGUGGAGCAAGUCGAGGAGAUGCAGAAGAGCCUUGCUGUUAAAUCACAGGAGUUGCAAGCCAAGAACGAUGCUGCCAAUGCUAAUUGA